AUGAGAGAGAUGAGGGAGAUGAGGGAGAGGAGGGAUAUGAGGGAGGUGAGGGAGAUGAGGGAGAUGAAAGAGAUGAAAGAGAUGAGGGAGAUGAGGGAGGUGAGGGAGAUGAGGGAGAUGAGGGAUAUGAGGGAGAUGAGGGAGAUGAGGGAGGUGAGGGGAAUGAGGGAGGUGAGGGGAAUGAGGGAGGUGAGGAAGAUGGGGGAGAUGAAAAAGAUGAGAGAGAUGAGAGAAAUGAGGGAGAGGAGGGAGAGGAGGGAGAGGAGGGAGAUGAGGGAGAUGAGGGAGAGGAGGGAGAGGAGGGAGAUGAGGGAGAUGAGGGAGAUGAGGGAGAUGAGGGAGGUGAGGGAGAGGAGGGAGAGGAGGGAGGUGAGGGAGAUGGGAGAUGAGAGAUGA